ACUAAACACUGCUAUAUUCCAUAAAAAAAAAUAAGAAUUGACCAUUUUGAUGUCAUGGUGACUUCUCAUUCCAAAAAAUGAUGUGGAAUAUGAUAAUAUGGGUGGCAAAAUACCAUAGAUUAUAUUUGAAAAAGCCAUGAACUCGCAAUAUCAUGAAGCUGGGGUCUUAAACAGAUAAUUAUUCGUUAAUUAUUGUUUGAUUUCACACUAUUGAAAAACUUGAAGACCCCUAUCAUAGAGACUUAAGGUAGGCUCUUUUGACUUGGGCCAGUAGACAACCCCCCAGAACACCCUUCUAGAGUUUUGCUUUACCUAAAUUCCUCAGUAUAUAUCGUUUAUUGCAUUAAAAAAAAAAAAAAAAAAAAAAUUAAAGUGUAGGUUAAUGAAAAGUUUUUAGUCAGAUACUUUCAUUCACUAAUGCAAGCCAGAUGUUGUCCAUGAUAGAUAGUUCCCUUCCCCCUACUGCUGUAAUGUAAACAGUCCUGCCACACCCGUGGAAACACACUCGAGAGCUCCUGGAAUCCUUGCAGUCAGACGAGACAUGUGGUCCUGAUCAGUGUGUUUUUGCUCCAGCUCUCAGCUGUUCUGAGAACUAAAUGUGCUUCUUUUUGUAAAUACAAGAGGAUUAAAUCUUGUAGGCGGUUGUAGCAGUUCACUGUAAAGUUUCUUUUAAGGAGUUUCUACUCUGACAGUAAAUUAUGCUGAACUCGUGAGGAAAAUGAAACUCGACAGACAUUUCUGAAGAGGUUGUAGGUGUGCGUCAUAUUUGGAUUGAACUUCUGGAAGUUGUGAGCCAGUCUUCCCCGGAGCGCUUCACUUGUAAUGAGCGUGGUCAAAGAAGGACUUUGUGUUUCAUAGAAGUGUGUGCCUAUGUCGGAUUCUCCAUUACGUUUCAACGAGCUCAAGGGCUGAUAUGAAUAAAGUAGAGUCGUGGUCGGAGGAGGAGGUCUCGCUCUGGCUGACCGAUCAGGGCUUGCAGGAAUACUCUGAACUGUUGCAAAACUACGACGGACAGGCUUUAUUAAAUCUUACCACGGAUGACUUCAAGAGGGCAUCCCUCUCCAGGGUCACUUCAGACGGUGGUCGUUUGCUCCUGGAAAAGAUAGAGACUCUUAAGAUCGAGCAUCACAUCGAUGUCCACAAGAACGGACAUGUCAAUGGGCACAUGGUGUUGAAUCAUAACGGGAACGCUGGGAGUGCCGGCAAGGCUCAGCGGAAUGGCAUGGUGAACGGCUUCCACAAGGAACUGGUGCAGAUUUCCAUUCCAGAGCCAGCUUCUCCGCAGUUCCCUCCCGAAUGGGGAAAGACCGCCGUGGCUCUUGUCUAUGCCUUGUGCUGCUUCGUCUUUACUACCAUCAUUAUUUCUGUGGUCCAUGAACGUGUGCCUCCUAAGGAGGCAACUCCACCACUCCCUGACAAGUUCUUUGACCUUUUUGACCGAGUGGAGUGGGCUUUCUCUGUAUGCGAGAUCAACGGAAUGAUUCUGAUGGUCUUGUGGAUUAUACAGUGGAGUCUCUUAAAACACAAAUCAAUUGUUGGUCGACGCUUCUGUUUUAUCGUCGGGACGCUCUACCUCUACAGGUGCAUCACCAUGUACAUUACUACUCUUCCAGUGCCUGGCAUGCACUUCAAAUGCUCUCCAAAGCUGUAUGAUGACUGGGAAUCUCGGAUGCGGCGGGUGAUGAAAUUGAUCGCAGGAGGGGGUCUGACCAUCACAGGCUCUCAUAACUUGUGUGGUGACUACUUGUACAGUGGCCAUACAGUCAUGCUCACCCUCACUUAUCUCUUCAUGAAGGAGUAUUCUCCUAGAAGGUUCUGGUGGUACCACUGGGGCUGCUGGGUUUUGUGUGCAACAGGAGUGUUCUGCAUUCUUCUUGCUCACGACCACUACACAAUUGAUGUCGUUGUGGCCUACUUCAUCACCACACGUCUCUUCUGGUGGUAUCACACCAUGGCUAACCAACAAGCACUCAAAGAGACGUCCCAGACCAACUUUUUCACUCACGUGUGGUGGUACAGAUUUUUCCGUUACCUGGAAAAUAACGUUCCAGCCGUCGUUCCCCGCAGCUACCAGAAGCCCUUCUCGUGGCGAUCGCUGCAGUGGGGCCACGUGAAGUACACACGGAUAGAAUCGGAUUGACUGACAUGCAAACGGUCCGCUUUGGAAGUCGGUCUCCAAAACAUGUGCCCGAAGUGCCGGAACAAGCCUGACAUCGUAGCUAACCCCUUUAACUAACAGACUAGUCAUCCAAAGCUUCUCAUUCCUCUGUGACGUCCUCACAGGAUUGAUUUACGGAUGUAAAACUUGGCACGUAUGGGGCUAGGAACAAUAGAGAAACCAUGGUCGGUGAUAAGCAAGUGGUUUUCUGGGCUUGCGAUGGCCUGUAAUAUCAUCCUACGUCAAUAAAAAUUCAUUAAAAAUGAGCCAGCAAGCUAAAUGAGAAGUUAUUUAUUUUCCCGAAUAACUUGAAAGUGUCUCCAAGUAUCUUUGCCCCUGUUUACAGGCACAAAGCCAUAUUCUCGAGAUAUUUUUGUUAUCUCAAGUAAGCAAUUUAUUGACACAUUAAAUAUUGCAAAUCUGAGUAACGUAAAUCAGUUUUGUACAUUUUUCUAGUCGUCUGCUAAACAUGUGCUGUCAGAGAACGUUUAUAUAAAUAUAUAAUUUGUAUUUUUUUUGAACUAAUUCUUUAUUGUUUUGGUUUUUUACUUCGAGAGCUACAGAAGAUGUAUAUUGGGAUAUUGGAUAAUCUAAUGCUCCUCAGUGCCUUAAUAGUUCUAGCAGUCAACUGUAAUAAUGUAUUUAAGUUCAUUCAAAGACAAUUUCAGUGUUUUGGACUAUAUUCAGGGUGGUCAUGCUGUAACCACCCUUUGCGAACCACAUAUGCUUGAAACAGAACUCACCUCAUUGCCCGAAUGUAACAAUCCUGCUCGCUUUGAAAGAGUAUUUCCAUGAGAGUGUCAGCAAAGCUAAUUUUGUUGUCCAUGACCAUUUCUCUGAUGUUGUUUUCAGAAUGUAUUUAUUUAUGUCUUCUGUUGCGUAUUUCCAUCUGGAAUCAUAUUUUGUCAGACAGCUGGUGCUUUAUUGCUUCUUACUGAACUCCAGGUCUCUGGAGGUUGUUUGAAUGAAAAGAACGAUGUGACCCGAUCCAUCCUUUCCGCAAGCCAGAACAGAUGUUCCGUCCUACUGACCACCCAAUACAACAAGCUGCUAUAUUGUGAUGUAGUAGUAGGAGGUCUUCAUCCAACGACAAACAAAUAAAUUACAAAUAUUAGCACAAAA